CUUUUUAUCAUCCAUAUGUAUUGCUUUGAAUGCAAAGCUUUGUAGUAUUUGAACGCAAGACUCUACAGGGGAUGCUGGUUGCCAGUUACAACAGUAGAAUUUUGUCUUAAGGAUAAACAUUCACGAUUACUUUGUUAAGUUGUGUGAAAAGUGAGAUGGGGACCAAGGCAAAGCAAGCUAUAAAGAAGAGUUUGAAAAAGUUUAAUGUUACUAUUAAGCCAGCUGAGGGUGCUGAUUUUUUGCCAUUGGCAGGUGGUCCGGGUCGCAAACUUCCAGAACUUAAACCGUUGGAGAAUACUUCCCCUGUUUUGUAUAUUGGUAGGAUUCCACACGGGUUCUAUGAGAAGGAGAUGGAAGCUUAUUUUGCACAAUUUGGAACCAUUAAGAGAUUGAGAAUUGCCAGAAAUAAAAAGACCGGAAAAUCAAGACAUUUUGGGUUCAUAGAAUUUGAAUCUCCUGAGGUAGCAAAAAUUGUUGCUGAUACUAUGCACAAUUAUUUGCUUUUCGAACACCUUCUUCAGGUUUAUGUGGUACCUUCAGAAAAUGUUCAUCCCAGAUUAUGGAAAGGAUUCAAUUACCGUUACAAGCGGUUGGACUCUCUCGAAAUUGAACGAAAGCGACAUGACAAGGAAAGAACAUUGGAAGAACACAAAAAGCUGGUUGAUAGGGUUAUGAAAUGCGACAAAAAGCGUCGUAAAAGGAUAGAGGCUGCUGGCAUUGAUUAUGAAUGUCCUGAGAUUGUGGGUAACCUCCAUCCUGCUCCAAAGAAGAUAAAGUUCGAUGACUGAGAGUAGGUAACAUGUUUCCUCUUUAAAAGUUCGACCAUUCACCUCAGGAAGAAUUUUAACAAUGAAAUUUUGAUAUUUUGCUCUCUUGUUAGAUUUUGUUAUCCUUUUCACAAUUCAUUAGUUUUUGUUGUAGUUAAUCACUUUCUUUAAUCAAAAGAUGAACCGUUUAUUGGUUUUGGAUACUGGAGAUGGUUAAUUGUUUAGACUUUGUUGAUUGUUGAUAGUAAAAGUAUGGAUAGGAAAUGCAUUUAAAUUA